CCGCCCCGCUCUGGGCGCUGGGCCGGGGCUCCGGGAAUGUCCCAGGCCCAGCUAGCUGAGACGCGCGCCCCGCUUCGCCCGGCUCGGCUGGUGUCUGCGCGGCCUGAGGCCCACCGCGUUCCGAAAUGGCCGAGCAGUCGGACAAGACCGUCAAGUACUACACCCUGGAAGAGAUCCAGAAGCACAACCACAGCAAGAGCACCUGGUUGAUCCUGCACCACAAGGUGUACGAUUUGACCAAGUUUUUGGAGGAGCAUCCUGGUGGAGAAGAAGUGCUAAGGGAACAAGCUGGAGGGGAUGCUACUGAAAACUUUGAGGAUGUCGGGCACUCUACAGAUGCUAGAGAAUUGUCCAAAACGUACAUCAUUGGAGAGCUUCAUCCGGAUGACAGAUCAAAGAUAAUCAAACCUUCGCUGGUGGACCAACUGGGUGAUCCCCGCCAUCUCAGCGCUGGUGGUAGCCCUGAUGUACCAUCUGUACACAAAGGAAGAUUAAACACACUCUCAGAAGUCAAUGAAAGAAAAGACUGCUUCGGACCAGGGAGAAAGACGCCAAUGUUAACUGCUUCAGCUGACAGAAACCUUCACCCGAGAUAUCAUUUUAGUACACCUGUUUCUCUUUUCUCUUACCUUAGAAGCAAACCAAAAGGAACUCUUCUGUUCUUUCUACUCUUGAACUCUUAGAAUGUGUGCCUUUUUGUUCAUCAACUUUUUUUUGAUGUUCCAUCACUACAUAAUUUACUUAUUGUAGGCAUGAUCGUUUAAAAAUAUAUCUGGCUUUUAAAAUAUACCACCACGUUUGUCUGUCUAUUUGGUACAUAAUUGUCUUUAACGUUUAGAAUCUGAUUAUUCAGCAGAGUCAUUUAAUGCACUAGUCAUUCAGACCCAAGUUGUCCCUAUGGUGUGAGGAAGGGAAUGUCCUUGGAUCUCUCCUUGUGCUCCUCCUUAUCUCACUGAACAACCAGUUCUGCCUCUUCCAGCAGAGUUUCCCUUUCGAGGGAAUUAGGAAGGUCUAAAAAAUGAAAGAUUUCUUUUUUCUUUUCAUUUUUUUAAUGUUUGUUUUUGAGAGAGAGAGAGAGAGGAGAGAGUGCAAGCGGGGGAGGGGCAGACAGAGGGAGACAUAGAAUUCAAAGCAGGCUCUAGCCUCUGAGCUGUCAGCACAGAGCCCUAUGCGGGGCUUGAACUCAGGGACUGUGAGAUCGUGACCUGAGCUGAAGCCAGAUGCCUAACUGAGCGACUGAACCACCCAGGCACUCCCAAAAUGUAAGAUUUCUAAUGAUUCUACUUGAAACAGAUGAUAAGGAGAAGGUAGCCUAUAGGACCUAUAAAAAAGAGACCAUGCCGUCUUUGAUUAAAAGAAAGAAACCUGUGAACUAUAAACAAUAAAACCUGUGAACCAUGAGAGGACAUUUUAGCCCUCCCUUCUCACAGACUGAAAAUAUUCCGAAGAGGUUCACAGUCGUAUAGGUUCUAAAGUUUAAAAAAACUACUCUUUCAGAGGCCAAAAAUGUUAAUGUGCUCACGUAAGAAAAUAUUCAUUCCCUCCUUUGCAAAAACAAAAUUUGAAAGAGAUAUGGGACAUUUGGAACCUGAGUUUUGAAGAAAGUUAGCUGGUGCUGAUGAGCCAUGAGGAAUUCUGGUACGGCUGUGUUCAUUUUCUCAUUCGAGUUCCAGGAGACUAAUUCUGUCAUCUUUGUUUAUUAUCCUCGGCCUCAUGCUAUUUUUCUUCCGAAUGUGGAAACUGGAAGGACGAAUUAGAUUCUAAGUGCUUUGUAGUUACGUGUGACUGCACGUUUCCAUUGGCAUGCUGGCCAACUGAAAAGCGAUGGAGUUCUUCAGAAAUAACUAAAACACAUUGGAAAGGACUUUGUAAAUUACAGAGUAUGAUUUAAAAAGAGGCAACAGGCCCCAGAUUGUGCUAAGCCCACAUCACCAAACCAAGGCUUAAUACCUAAAUGGAUUGCAGUUUCAGCCUCUCCCAGGAGUAGAAUCUUAAGCCGGGCAGUCUGGAAUUACCUGGCCAGCACUAAUGAGAUAAUCCGAGAUGGAUCCCUCUUCCCCGCUGCGGUCCCCUCAAAGGAAGAUGGCUCUGCUGAAAUAACUUCCCUGUCCCACCUCUUUCUGCCCGUAACUCUUAACAUUUUCUGCAGCUCCUGGGCCCUUCUUACUAUGUGCCAGGUGGGGUACCACCCCAGUCGUGAAUUGUUGAAUAAAACUAAUAAGAUCUUUAAAUUUUAUUCAGAUGAAUUUUGGCUUUUAACAGAUUUGGUGGCAGGGAUGGGAUCUGAAGGGAGCCUCUCGCGGCUUUGGGGACGAGAAACACAGGCUGCGUACCCACAAACCCUCUGUCUUUCUAGCCCUUUCGGAGGGCUGUGGGUAAGUUCCUCUUGGUUCUGAGCUCUGCUCUCUCUGUGUCAAGCUCCUGACCUUGUUGGCUCUCUGAGCUGUCGUUUGCUUCCGGUCCCUGAUUCCAUGUUGAGAAGUGCUGGCAGUCGGGACUGCAGUUCCCCCGUCUGGUCAGAAUCCUUACCCUUGCUUGAAUCUCAGAUUCCAUGUUGGUGGUGGUUCAUUCCAGAGUUCUCCAUUUGUUUGGGGUCUGCUGGCUUAGUCCUGUCCCCAGUCCCGUUGCUGGCAGUUGCCAACUGGAGUCAAACUAGGCGUGGCUUAAGCUGGCCUGGAUCCAGUGUGUUUCGUGUAGGUAAAGGCAGUGGAAGUCUUGGAAGCCAAAAGCUGCAUAAUUGACUUGCAUGCGUUGAGCACUUAAAAACUGUUAGAAUGCUUGCCACCUAACUUAAUCCAUAAGCUGGUCACAGAACAGGUUACACUGAUGCUAGAUCACCUGCCAACCUCAAGAAAGUCUCCGUGUGGUGAGGUACAAACAUCACACGAUCCCCAGCCCAGCCACACAUCCCCUUAGGUGUUAGUUCGGCUCCAAAAGACCCAAAGCCUUAGCUCAGAGAGUUGAACAUACCACCUUUCGGCACAACUACUACUUAAAUGGUGUCUAAGAACUGUGGUCCCAGAAGCUGUAGAUAUUUACAAUGACAAAGUCUUACUAAAAACAACCUAGAAUUACAAUGGCCAUUAUGAGAAACAUUCCUGUUAGACAAGAUUUUGAAAGCAAGGGCUCCCAAACCAAACAAACAGAAUGGGUCACCCCAGGUUGCAGGAGAUCCUCCUCAGAUGCCUUAAACUCCUGAGGUGCUGGGGUAGGUCAGUUAAGUGUCCAACUUUGGCUCAUGUCAUGAUCGCAUGGUUCGUGAGUUCGAGCCCCGUGUCGGGUUCUGUGCUGACAGCUCAGAGCCUGGAGCCUGCUUCGGAUUCGGUGUCCCCCUCUCUCUCUCUGCCCCUCCCCUGCUUGUGCUCGCUCGCUCUCAAAAAUAAACAUUAAAAAAAAUUUUUUUAAAGAUAUCUUAAACUCCUUGGUCAAAGAGUGAACUACCAUAGUAACAGAAUUUCCUAAACCUAGGGAGGAUCCCCAGAAGUUUCCUGAAGAAUUUCAUCAUUACCAGGGCCAAGGACCGCAGGCUUCCAGAUCUCUAUGGGCUUAUGCACAUGCAGGUUGGCCCUGAGGAAGCCCAAACAUGGAGUCAGGAAACAGAUCAGCGUAAACCCAAAGAUGCUCAGGAUCCUCGAUCUUAAACACACUUCCCUCGUGGACCAGAAAAAGUUCAUAAAAUAGUGAUUGAUCUCUUAAAAGCCAUCCUUUGGAGGAGUUUUUCCUGCAUGCACCAUUUGGUUUAUUACUGAAACAUGCAAACAAAAAAGAUGAAUCUGUGGCAGACAUUAAAGCCUGUGUGGAAGCACUCUUCCUGUGGCAUUCAGGUUCCAUGCAAAAAAUGAGGUCACCCAACCUGCUCUAGCUGCGCUGUUUGUAAAUGGAUCAGUCCCUGAGAUUAGUAGACUGAUUAAAAAUUCAACAACAACAACAACAAAAACAACAACAAAAACAGGUUGGAACUGAGCCCCCAUCAGUCUGAUGGAACUCAUGACUGCAGCCAAGUACUUUGAAAGGACUUUGGAAUAAGACUGAAAACAAAAUUUGCCAACUGAGUGGCCUUAUAGAUGCCUCCAUAUCUACCCUUAAAGGAGAGCUCCCAUAUGGGCCCCUCCUAGAGUUGUUGGGACUCAGGAAUUUUCUGGUAAACGGCUGUCACUCCCUUAAACAAACAAGGGAAACUACAAAUGAAUGAAACACUUUGCCAGAUUCUGGUAGAUACUGAAGCUACACUCUUUAAGCCCUCUUGGAACCUACAGAUGGUGUUUGGGGAAGACUGACAGAAGUCGGUGAAAGGUGAGGGUUCCUACCAGAGUCAGCUCUCCUGGAUCUCUGUCUGCAUGCCCAGUCAAGAGGAGAAAAUAAAAUUUCUUGAGUUGUCUCUUCCUUUCCAAACCCAACCCACUGAUUCUUGACUCUUUCUGUCUCCUCCAGGGAGAGUUCUUGCCUUCUUGCUUGUCUUGUUUUGUGUCCUAAGAACUUUGCUUGGCUUUCUGCCUGCCUUGAACACAAAAGUUGUCAGUUCUUCCUUUUGGCCAUAUUUCAGAGUGACUCUGAAUCUUGAGAAAGUAGUAUUCUUUGCCUCCUCUUAAACCCAACAAGGGUUGUUCAAUACCACCAAAAAUAAUUUAUUGUUCAUCUCAGCUGAAAACUGACAAAAUAUUUAAAGGAUUUUUGUAAAGUAGCUCGGUGGUCAAAAGUUGGUGAAACUGGAAGCUGAUAUUCAGUGCCUGACAUAGACAUUUUUCCCUAAGCUAAAAUAAAACCACACAUCCAGAAGGAAAGAACAACCUUCUGAUGUCUGUGAAAGGAUUUUGUAAAACAUCCCAAAGACAAACAGGUCUAAAUCCAGAACAUAGAAAUCUUGGGUUUUCAUCUUAGUUGGAAAUCCACUCCCUGAUGUAAAUUGAAGGUAAUUUGGUUAGAUGGACAGAUCAGCCCCUUGGUAUCAUUAGGCUGUAAUCUAAUUCUUUGAGGAAUUAAAAACAACUGUUUUUAUCUUACACAUCUUAGCAAAACUAGAAAUGUGGCUCUAGGAACAAGUCACAAGUCACAGUUCACCUAUAGUUAGCAAUCCUAAAACCACCUCUAUUUAUCUCAAAAGAUGUGUAAGUAUUGUAAAAAUUAUUCUUUUUUAAAUGUUUAUUUAUUUUUGAGAGAGAGAGAGACAGAGUGUGAGCGGAAAGGGGCAAAGAGGGAGAGGGAGACACAGAAUCCAAAGCAGGCUCCAGGCUCUGAGCUGUCAGCACAGAGCUGGAUGCGGGGCUCGAACUCAUGGACCACAAGAUCAUGACCUGAGCCGAAGUUGGAUGCUUAACCAACUGAGCCACGCAGAUGCCCCAGUAUUGUAAAACUUCUGACCUUAGAACAUGAAGUUUCUUCCGGGAGGAACUUGCAUUUUUUCCCCCUGUGCCUUUGGCAGGUAAAUGUUCUACCUGGUCUCCCAAGACUUAGCUAGGCCAUGUCUUUGAAAUAAAAACUUCAGGGAGGUCAUUCUUAUCAGAAGGAAAACAAAAGGGGAAAAGGUUAUUUGAAACUUAGGCAAAUAAACAAAUAUUAGUAAAAAGCUUUAGUCACCUGAGCAGGUGACCUUUACUUAUUUCAUCUUCCAGACACAUGAUUUGGAUCCAGCAUCUUUCAUAAACCAGUGAGUUUUGCAUUAUCCUACCGUCUCAUCGCUAAAAUUUUGAAACAAAAGCUGUAAGGUCUCUGUUUACUUCUGUCUGUAUGUAUGUUUAUAUAUGUGUAUUGUACAUGUGUGGGAUUUUCCACCUCCAGAUUGUAUUGCCAAAAUUAAUUUUUUUAAACAGCUCUAUUCAGUUGGCUUAAGGAAAAGCACUUAUAUGAACAAAGUGUUCAUAAAAUUCUCAAAAAUGUAAUAGAGACCGAAAUGCUUUUCAGGUUCACGUGAUCUGGGAAAAUAUUCAUAUUAAAGCUGAUGAAAGUUCGUGGGUUUAGUCAAGACAGACAUGUCUGUAGAAUUAUCAACAUUAAAUAUAAUGCACACAUACGUCUUUUAUUCUACCUGGAUUUAUUAAUCAAAUAAAUUCAUGUUAUCACUGUUACAAAAUUUGUCAGCACAGAAAAUAACUUGGUUUGAUGAAAUUUUCAUCCCACAUGCUGGGAACAAGUGAACUGAAUACAUGUAAGUGGGGGCAGAAAUUUUUCGGUGAACUUUAAAAAAAAUUUUUUUUUAAAAAUGUUUAUUUAUUACUGAGAGACAGUGAGAGAUAGAGCAUGAACAGGGGAGGGGCAGAGAGAGGGGGAGACACAAAAUCUGAAGCAGGCUCCAGGCUCUGAGCUGUCAGCACAGAGCCCAACGGGGCUCAAACCCACAAACUGCGAUAUCAUGACCUGAGCCGAAGUUGGAUGCUUAACCGACUGAGCCACCCAGUCGCCCCUCGGUGAGCUUUUUAAAUAGUUACCCCAAAUCUUUUUGGUAACCUGAACACUUAAAGUUUUAUUAAGUUAAAUUAGUACUUGACUGUCUAGAUCUUCUCUAAAUAAAAUACCAAAACGUUAAUUACUGAAGAUGGAUAGGUUUAUCUACUUUCUGACUUAUUUUUACAGAGCAGUUAAAGCUAUUUGAGGCUAUGAGUGAACGUGUUUGUGCCACAUGGAGAAAGCAUGUGUUUCUAGAAAAUAUAAAAAUGUAUUUAUACAUUUGCCAAGCCGUAGAAUGCUAAAGUAAAAAACAGCUCGCAAUUGUCAACUUCUUAUUUUCAUCAGAAAUUAAGGCAUUUUAGGGACGCCUGGGUGGCUCAGUCACAUAAGCGUCUGACUCUUGAUCUUGGCUCAGGUCAUGAUCUCAACAGUUCGUGAGAUCAAGCCCCUCAUCGGGCUCUGCGUUGACAGGGUGGAGCCUGCUUGGAAUUCUCUCUCUCUCUCUCUCUCUCUCUCUCUCUCUCUCUCUCGCACUCUUUCUGCCUCUCCCCCAUGCUCACACACGUACUCUCUCCAAUAAUAAACUUGUAAAAAAUCAUUUAGAAAUUAAAAUAUAUUAAGCAUUAAAAUUUUUAACAUAUGUAAGGUACUAGAAGUAAUAAGGUACACAUUUCUGUAUGCAAGGAAAGUAAGAUGUGUGUUUUUGGUAAGAGAAGGUACAAGGAAUAAAGAUGAAUUAUUUUUUUGAGGCAAAAGAGCAUGAUUUUUUCCUAAAGUGAGGCUGGUUAUUUCGGAAUGGGAGAGGAAAAACAGGACAACAUCUGAAGGGGUGUUUAAAAAGUUGUAGAAGCUUGUGGAAAAGGAAUCUUUGCAGAACAAUUUUAUGUGUGGUCAAGCUGGCUAAGAUUCGAAUAGAUUUAAGUUUUUAAAUAAAUGGGUUUAAUAUCAAAAUUAAUCUGCAAAAUUAAUGUUUGGUGUUCUUUCUGUUAAAAGGACAGAGUUUGCUUAGACUUUUGGUCUACUCUUGGUAAGAGGUGUAAAAGAGUUUUUUUUAUCUUUUUAAGUAAUCUGCCUAGAAAACAAAAGAUUAUAUUUUAUCAAAAUAAUUUCCUGUGUUUCUUGAUGUGUUUAUCAGGUCUUUGAUUACUAAAGAGAACUGAAUCUUGUCUGUUCAAAGAGCUAAGGUUUUUGUACACAAAUGUUUAACUUUCCUUAUUUGCCUGCAGUCUUUGUCAUUAUGAUUAAAUGGGUAACUAAGCAGCGUUUCAUGGUGACCUGUGAACCUUUUUGACCAAGUGUUUUAAGGCCUUUUGAUACUUUCGACAACCUUCCCCCAAGCCAAAUUGUAAUUGAUGUCUUUUUGACCUGGAGAUAACUUCGGGAUUUUCUAGAGUCCCUGUAGCAUCUCCGAAGAUUUGUUCUUUCUCCAUACAUUCUUAGAGAGGUGUUACACGAAUUAGUCUUAUUUGAUAUGUUAGUUACAUAGGAAGUAGUUCUGUCAAAAAGUAAUACUGGGUGUUCUUUGUGUUCUGUAGGCGUAUGUUGUACGUAUUCUAGAAAAUUGUGUAAGAUUCCUAGAAAUCUGGUAUGUCCUGCUAUGUUGUCAGUCAUCAUUUCAGUUAUUAUCUUAAAACGUUGUAUAUCACAGAAUAAGUACAUUUCCCUUUUAAGUGAACUCUCAUCAGAUUUAACAAUGGGGAUCUUACAGUCUUGUCAUGUACGCACAGUUACUGUUUUGUUCUGUUGCUUUUACAAAAAUGAGACGGUUGGAGAGGACCCCCUAAGGACUCUUUGGUCACCGUCACUGCUGCCAAACGACCAAGUGUGAUACUUGGGUGAGUAUGUCACAGCUGAAGAAGGCUCCACCAGACCCCUGGUCCUAUGUGAAUCCAGAGACCGCAAAGUCAAAUUGACGGAAGAAAUAGUCGACAUUGACGUGGGCUGCUUCCACACCAGAUGCCAGAUCGAGACUUCAUACUUCACCUAAACAUGAAGGCCUCUCCCCUUUCUUUCCUUCACUCUGGCAUUGGCUUGGAAAGGUAAUACCCACCAUCUGUGUCCCUCAGGCCGUUGCCACGGCGGGGGUGGGAGUGGGGAAGGUGACCUUUCAGACUGCUGGAUUUGUCAUCAAAAACUCUGAUCCGUCGUGAUGCUGGAGACCCCUGGUCUUCCCUGGACCAGUCUCUCUUCUGUUCCCAAUGCCUCCAUAAACUACAGUCGCCCCCCUCCCACCCCCACCCCCACCCCCGCUGCCUUAGAAGUCACAGACUCUGACUUUUAUGGCCAGAACAUCCAGUGCCUUGUUUUUGCCUUUCUCCAGUUGUAACUCGUCAAAUACCCAUGCAUCCCACGUUCUUGUGAUUAUCUCAUCUGAUCUGCCUCCAGUCAGGAAAAGAUCUCACCAGCAGUGUCCAUCUUUGCAAGGAAUUUAGAACGACUCUUCAUUUCAGGCUAGGAGAUAUGCUUUGCAGCUGUGCUGAAAUGCCCCCUGGUUUGAAUGGGCAAAUGUGACGAUCUUUGUGACUGAAUCCAUUAUCGGUGCCACCUUUGUGGUAACGGCUUGUGCCCCGGCUGGAUUUAUCUCUGGGGUGACCAUCAUUCUCCUUGGGCCUGUGAAUGUGGACGUGGCAGGCGCAUAACCAGGGCUGGAUCUGGUUCUCCUGGGGCUGCCACCUUCUGCCAUAGAACUUUGAGGACUCUGAAAAUCCUAAAUUCAAACCUAGCCUUUUAGGCCAUUGGCCGAUGUUAGAAUUUGUAACAUGAAAACACUCAGACCUACUUCCCCUGCCCCACGGAUGUGAGCAGACCCUCUGAUAUUGUGAGGAUCGCGAUGAAAUGACCACGUUUGCACUCCUCUCCCUGGUGCACGCGCGCAGUGAAUGUUUGCACUUCCCCUGUCUGGAUCUCUUAGAGAAAUGAUCACUUUAAAUUAGGAUGAGGCAUUUGCUGUAUGAAACCUGAGCGAAACAAAUCGUAAUUGUGAUGUUCACGGCCAACGGCCACAUCGUGUCCAUGUACAGAAUCUGUGAGGCUGGGCCGACCGACCCAGGCUCUAAACUUCUCUUUCUGCUCCUCUCUGAUGACACUGUGUUCACUGUUACCUUAUCUGGAGGUACAGUUUGGUCUGGCCCCACGUCAGCGUGGGGAGCUCUGGGACUUGGGAUAGCACAGGGCCCCCCUGGAGUGAUCAGGGUCCACUCCUGUGCCAUCAACAUUUGCAACACAAGCUUUCCUAUAAGCUGAAGGGGCAGCGAGAUGGUCCUUGCCCUCAGCAAGCCCUGCGGUCUUCCUGGGAGGAGUGAAGACAUGGGGGCAGACAAGGCUAGGCUUCUGUAUCAGCUGUGUUCAGUCCCUCAGUGUUUAGCAGGGACACCCUGGGGGAGGGGCAACAAGCGAGGGUGGCGUUUCACACAGGAAACAUGGAUGUCAGUCCCCGGAACUGUAGGCAGGGAUACUAGGUAUUUCCAUCGUGAUGGAUGGAGAGGAGAGGGUUCUAUCAGGAGGCAUAUUCUGCAAUGGACAAAUGUUUAAGAAUUUGAGAGCGAUGAAAUCAUUACGUGAAUUCUGAAACAUAAGUGAGUCUUAUGUUUUGUCAAAUGUGAGUAUUUCCAUCGAGAUCAAAAACAGAUCCCUGCUCGUGGGUGGGGAUGAUGCAUCUGGCCGGGAAAGUCUACAAAUGGAGAACCAGGCACUGCUUCUUUACCUGCUUCUCUCUACUCUUGCCUUGGCCAGGUGUCUUCCUGGCCAUGUCCCUUUUCCUGCUGAGGCUGACGACCCAAAGAACCUGCUCAGUCAUGAAAUUUGGAAUGAACCCAAGUCUACAUGAGGUUUAGAAGUAGAACUGACAAUCAAGGGCAGUUGGUCUUUCCAAUUCCAUAGGUGGCCUCUGCAUCUGGUGGUAUUGGGCGUCUCUAGGACCAGGCUGACGUUUGCUAGAAGCACUCGUACAUCCUGGGGUGAGGGUGCUGUGCACCCCAUCAGCACUGUUCUCCUUAAAGAAGCAAGUGAAGCAAGUGUGCUUGUGCCCACAGCUGAGGCCCCCCCAGAGAAACCAAAGCGUGUGAUUGCAACUGUUUUCCCUCCAGACCAAGUAACGUAAGGAACCAUGCGAAUCAUACACUGUCGCUUUUAGGUGAGGAAAUCUGGUUUAUUUUCAUGUUCUUGGAGCCAUGGAGAAUUCUGGAAAUAACUGAACAGUUAGAAGUUCUAGAAGAAAGAAUAUGACAUUCACCUAAUUUUGAGUGAUGUUUGUCCUGUGGUGAACACUCAGUAAUUUUGAAAGCUCUUGUUUCAUCAUCCUAAUACUUCUCUGAACCGCAUUUCGGUUCAUGAUAGUGCUUGUCAUGUCAGUAGCUCUUUAGGAAGAUCUCAGGUGAGAAUUGUCAGAAAAAAUUAAUAUUGUUUCAAAGGAAAGUAGCAUUACCUUCCCAUUCAUUUCUUAGUUCACCGGUUCAAGAACACAGUCAGAGAUCCAUAAUGGAAGAAAACAUAGACCUAAAUGUUUCAUUUUGGAUUAGGCAGUGGUUUCCAAAAACCCAAGCUACAAACGAAUAGGUAAAUUGAUCUUCACCAAAAUUAACCACUUUAGUACUUCAAAGGACACCAUCGAGUAAGUGAACAGUGACACAGAAUGGGAGAAAAUACUUGCAAAUGAUAAAUUUAAUAAGGGAUCCUUAAAGAACUCUUACAGCUCAAUAGAGUAUAACUCAGUUGAAAAAUGGGUAAAAGAUGUGAUUAUAUGCAUUCUCCAAAGAAGAUAUACAAAUGUCCAUCGAGCACAUGAGUUGAUGUUCAGUAUCACUGGUGGUCAGGGAAAUGCAAAUCAAAAUCACAAUAAGAGACCAGUUCACAUCCACUAGGAAGGCUGUGGUCAAAAAGUCAGAUGAUAAUUGUUUACAAAGACGUAGAGAGGCUGCACUCCUGGUGGGAAUGCAAGAUGGUGUGGCUACUGUGGAAAACAGCAUGGCGGGUCCUUAAAAAGUUAAACAUGGAAUUACACUUGACCCAACAAUUCCAAGGAUAGAUACGUGCUUAAGAAAAUUGAAAACAGGCGCUCAAAAACUUGUGUAUGAAUGUUCAUAGCAAUAUUUAUAGUAGCCAAAAAGUGGAAACAAGCCAGACAUCCAUUACCAAGUGAAUGGAUAAACAAGGUGUGUUGUAUCCA